ACUCGGCUUCACCCAGGAUGCUGAGGCUCCGCCUUUCCAAUGCCACAGUUGCAAUUAUCUUGGCAAUCCAGACAGGAUUUCUAGUCUUUCUAUAUACUCAACAAGAUGGCUUCAUUCCUCAGUCUAUGGAAAAACCUGCCCAGGUGCACAUCCUCAUCCUUUCCUCUUGGAGGUCAGGCUCUUCCUUUGUGGGACAACUCUUCAGUCAGCAUCCCAAUGUCUUCUAUCUAAUGGAGCCAGCCUGGCACGUGUGGGCAAACAUGUACCAAAACAGUGCCAAGGUCUUGCACAUGGCAGUGCGGGAUCUCAUCCGGUCUGUCUUCAAGUGUGACAUGUCAGUGUUUGAUGCCUACAUGCCCUGGAAGAGAAACAGAAAUUUGUCUGAUCUGUUCCAGUGGGCCGUGAGCCGGGCAUUAUGUACGAGGCCUGCUUGUGAAUUCUUCCAACGGACUGAUAUUACUGGGGAAAGCGCUUGCAAAACUCUCUGUGGCAAGUAUCCUUUCAGUAAAGUAGAAGAGGCCUGCAAGACCUAUAGCCAUGUUGUCCUAAAGGAAGUCCGUUUCUUUGACCUUAAAGUGCUCUAUCCACUCCUCGCUGACACCUCCCUGAAUCUCAAAAUCAUCCAUCUGGUCCGUGACCCCAGGGCUGUCCUGAAAUCUCGGGAACAAUCUGUCAAAGCCCUUGCCCGUGACAGUGGAAUAAUUCUGGGCAUAAAUAGCAGCAGAGUGGAUGACAGUGGUUUUAAAGUCCUGCAGGAGAUUUGUAGAAGCCACGUUCAGAUCUAUGAAACAGCUAGUCAGAAGCCUCCAUUAUUUUUAAAAGAUCGUUAUUUAUUGAUCCGAUUUGAAGACAUUGUGCGGGAUCCUUUAAUGGAAAUUACUGCAAUGUAUACAUUUACAGAUCUUCCAUUGACCCAGAAGCUUGAAAAUUGGAUCUAUAAUAUUACACAUGGACAAGGACCAAGUAAGAAGAAAGAAGCUUUCCAGAUCACUUCUCGAGAUGCACUCAAUGUUUCCCAGGCAUGGAGAAAUGUUCUUUCAUUCCAGAAAGUCCAAAAAGUGCAAGAAGUUUGUAGAGGUGCUUUAAAUAUACUUGGUUAUCAAUUUGUAAAUUCUGAGAAAGAGCAGAAAGAUUUGUCUUUAGAUCUAAUAUUACCACAUCGGAGAACACAAUUUCGCUGGGCAUUGUUUCGUGAAAACUAAAUCCUAUAUUCCCUUGUUCAUUUAUCAAAUAACUUGAAAAGAUUUGUUGGUUUCGGUACAUCUGAGUUCUCUUAGAACUUCAUUUUAUCAAGCCAAGGAACUGUAUGUUUUUUGCUUUUUCAAAUUAAUAACGCAUAAUUUCCAGACUAUCUGCACACGGUUAUAAUUUUGAUAUGCUACCAAAU